ACCGCAGCAAAAAAUCUAGCGUCAAGGUCGCGCAAAACAUUAACAAUUUUCUGGUGUUUACAAUUUUCCGCGCGUCGUCGCCGGUUUUUCCAUCCGUUUGUUCGUUCGUUCGUCCGCCCAUUAGGAAAGAGACUUUUCCGAAUAAUUUUUCGCACACCCACCAGCAACGUCACCGGUGAAACAAGCUGAAAAUCCUUGAAAAAUCGCAUUAGAAUGAAAUCAUCGCUCGUAUCGAUGAUCGUUGGCGUUGUACCUGGUGCAAUUUAUUCUGCUCCUAUCGGUUGGUAGGAAUUUUUGUGCAAUUUUCAGGAAGUGAAGUGUUGUAUUUGUUGACUGACUAUUAACUUUGACCGAGAAGACCUGCUGUCACUACCGGCAAAAUGAACGGAUUAAACAAUCCGGGAGUGACGCUAUUCAAUGAUGGUACCAGCAUUCAGGUGGCCAACACCAGCGCACUCCAACGGGCGGAAGAAGAGGAAGCCCUGGAGGAUCAGAAACGCCGUGAAGCUGAGCUUGCCCAGCAAAUGCAAAAUGCCUUCGACGAUUUGAUAGACGAUGACGACCGGGACGAUACCCUGGACUCGGUGAAUUAUCUUUCAAACUGUUCCGAGCAUCCUGGAGGGUCUCCUCCACCUCUUCCUAUAGUACCAAACCCUUCUACAGGGCAGCGCUUUCUUGACGGCAUUAAACCGAUGCAAAAUGGUGGAACCGGUGGAUUUAUCGGUGAUGGGCAGCAUGUGCAGGAAGCUUCCCACUGGCGGCAAAUGUAUCAAUCGAAGAAUCGAGAGUUCGAACAUGUCACUCUGAUGAUGCAUGAAAAGUCGAAAGAGUAUGAACAGAAACUUAACGAACUGAAGAAACGACUUCUGCUGGCGGAAGGAGAAAGGGAUCGAGCCAACAUGACUCGAUCGCAAACUCACGAUCUGCUGGUAGAAAGUAAAACCAAAAUUUCCGAGCAAGAAGAUGUUAUAGCGAAACAACAAGCUAAGCUUGUUGCUCUAGAGAAUAAAAACCUAGAACUAGAAGCAAAUUUGGAGAACAAAAAGACCCUGUUGCAAGAUGCAGAACAUCGCUACCGUAUGGUCGAGAAAAAUAUGAACAUCAAAACAGAUCGGCACACUGAACAUCUUCUAAAACAAUCGGAGGAGAAACAUCAGGCCAAAGUCACAAUGAUGCAGCAGCAGAUCGAUAGCCUCCGGUCGGAUUUGGACGAUCGCUGCCAGGAGCUGCGCCGGCUUGAUGUCCGCUACAAGGAGCUGGAAUCGGUCCGGGAUCAAAUGAUAGUGGAGAAAAAUGAAACCAUCCAGCGGUUGCAGAAUAGUUUGGAUGAUUCGCAGCAUAAGUGUGAAACGCUGAUGACGAAAACGAUGAACCUAACCGGUAUGAGUCAGGACAAUUUGAGGUUGCAAACCAAGGUCGGGGCCCUGGAACAGCAAACGCAGGACAUGCAGAGGACCAUCAAUACUUUGACGCAGAGGCUAGAAAACAGCAACGCCGAAUUAGAACUCAUGGAUUCGGUGCUGUGUGGCGGCAAUGCCACCGCAAAUGAAACUGAACCAGAAACCACUGCCCACGAUACCACCCCAGCUGGAUCGUGUACCUUCGGAGCGAGUCGCCGAAAGCUGAUUGGAAGCACGCCUUUAAAUCCUAUACUUAAAAAUAAUGCAACCAAUAACAAUGAGGAACGUGUUGCAAAAUUAAAACAAGAACUGCUGCUAUGCAUGAACGGCCAAAAGGAAAAGCGAGAAACGAUCAAGCGACUGGAAACGGAACUCUCCACUCGGGAUAAGGAAAUUCAACAGCUUAAGAAAGACGAAAGCCACGCCCUGGUUCAAAUGAACCAGUACAAAGAGGAAGCGUUCCGUGUUGGCUCUAGGAUUAAAAUUUUGGAAGCAGAAUUAGAAAAGGCAUUGAAACGGGAACGAAGACAAUCUGGUUCCGGCAGUCGGCGGGGGAGCUACGACAAACAGGAAGCACUUGAGGAUAAAAUUUUCCAACUGAGACAGGAGAAAGAUCAGUUGGAGGAUCGUUUGAGCCAACUAGAGGAGGAAAACAUUCGUCUUUCGGAAAGGAAUGGAAAGUUGGAGGUAGAUUCCAAGUCGCUGGACACUGUUAAGCUGGAACUGGAAAAGCACAAAUUCCUUCUGAAAGAUUCCCAGGGUGAAUGUGAACGGUUGAAGAAUCUUUAUGUGGAAAUUUCUGGCGCUAAGGAUUCUAUCAAAUCGGAACUGAUCGCUCUUAGGGCGCAGGAUGCAUCCCGGGAGGUUUCUGCUUUGAGUGAGAGAAAUGCUUCUUUAGAACGUGCGCUCCAAAUUGCUGAAAUGAAGUCCUCAGAACUGGGAAAACUGCUGGACAGAGAAAAGCUAGAACAUGAACGACUGCUGCGGGAAUUAGGAGAUCGUCAGGAUGUUGAAGCCAAAGAUAAGAAAACUAAUUCCAAUAGUUGCACCAAAUGUGUGGAUGGGUUGACUAAAAUUUCUAAGCUGGAAGUUCAAAACCUGCAACUUCAAAAUACUUGCGCUUCACAUCUGCGGGAGAUAAACGAUCUGAAAAUUGCCCUCGAUGAAUCUCGUAGCACAAUUGCGGAUCUCAACUCAAAAUUGGACCUUAAGGCCGAAAUGGACUUUCUCAUUGAUGAGCUCAAACAAAAAUCGGCACAGUUCAAAGAGUUCAUGCGGACCCAGAACAGCUCGGCUAAUAGCAGUAAUACCAGCAGUGGAAACAGUUCAGGAACAACCAAAGAGAGCGCUACUUCUCCAGGUCCUCCGGUAGAAAGCAGACAUCAAAGCGUAGGAACUUCUCCAGACCUGGCUGAAGCGAAUGGGUCGGAAAGCAGAAAACUGGCUCGCGAGCAGGAACAUCGAAUACGGGAGGAAAUGGCCAGAGCAUUUGCCGUCGAAAUUAAAGUCAUCGAAGAAAAGUUCAAGGCACAAUUCCACAAAUUCGAAGAAAGCAUUUCUUCCCUUAAAGAUGAACUUCAGCAACGCACCGACGAGCUGAUGGUUCGCAGUAAAGAGGUCGACGUGCUGAAGUAUGCCAUUAUGACCGAACGGGAAAAGAUGACCGAAAUGCUGGCCAAGAAGGAUGCCGACGCGCGUUCCCUUUUCGACAAGCAGGCAACCCUGAUGAAGAAAUACAAAUCCGAGCUAAACGACUGUCAGCGAAAGAUUAACUUCCUGGAGGGGGAACUCCACGAGAAACGGGAACUGAUUGCUUCCGAACGUGAAUCGAUGGAAAAACUAGUGCGGCAAGUUACUGACGAACGGAAGAUGUUCCGAGAGCGUGAAAGUGAGAUGAUCGAUAAGUUCAAGGAAAUCGAACAGGAGUACGAAAAAAGUCUUCAACUGGUGACGGAUAAGUAUAACUCGGUCAAGAAGACGGCCCUUAACUACAAGAAAUACGCCGAGGACAAAGAGGAGCACAUGAUGAAGGAGUACGAUCGCAUCAAAGAUGGGUACAAUACGGCCUUAUUGAAGGUUCAAAAUCGAAUGAAAGAGGCCCUGGAUAGCAAGGAUCGCAGCAUGAAGGAAAGGAUAGCUCAGAUGGAAGCGGAAUAUCAAUCCAAAAGACAGGGUGUCUCGACUUAGUCUAAAAAAAGCUACAUUAAUUGAUGAAUGUUAGAAUUGUACUUAAGUUAAAUUAAUGACCGUUGAGAGCAGAGCCAGAUCUCUUUUUAGAAUCUCACAAUGGUCGUUUAUUCUGAACUAGAAUACACUUUGUUGUACCUAUUGUUAUAACACUUUCAUCUGAAAUCAAGAAUAGGAACAGUAAUUUAAAAACCCGUUUGAAGAGUUAUUGUUUUUUAAAUUUUAGAAAACACACUGCCACUGCCUUACUCUGAAAAAAAAAUCUGCCAUAUCUACCGUGGCCUAGGCCAGGCGAGGUAAUAUUUUGAAUCAAGUUAUUUCCACCUUCAUCCACUAGCCAGUGUCGAUAACCUUCAAAUUGUGUUCUGCGAAAGCAUGUUGUAGAUAAUGUAACUAGUGAAACUGUAUUUUAGAGCAUUUUAAUCUGAUAACAAACAACUGAGUACGGUAAAAGUAUUAUGUAAAUCCUUAAACAACCAUUUAAUCAAUCACACUUGCCAGUAAAACGUUAU